UCUUCCACUGCCACUACUGGAUCCCAGCGAAGAUCACGUAUCAAACCUACUGUUGCUUCUGUGGCUCGUUCUCGUCCAAAUGCGGCAACAAAGAACAAGACAUCUGCAGAUGCUGGAAAAAAUGAGUUGGAUGGAAAGUCAAAGGAGGAGAUUACACCAGUUUCACAAAGCCAGUUGGGUGAUAAAGAAGAUCCAUUGUCAAGGAGAUUGAUAUUUGAUGGAGAGGAUGCUGAUGGUACCAGUACUCCUAGUAGUCAAGAGGGAAAUCAGGCAGUAACAUCAACAAGAAACCCUGCAGAGAUAAGUGCCUCUCUUACAAACAUUGAACAAAGAACCCAACCUGGUGCGCAGGAAACAGUGGUAAAACUAUCGCAAAUACAGAACAGGAACACGAAUUCUGAUACUGCAGUGCUACAACCUUCCGAUGGUGGGACAACACCUUCAUUACUACGUCGCAAACGGGUCUUACCUAAUCUUGGGUCAGCUGCAAGGAGGAGACGUUCUUCUGUAUCAAAAGAAAAUGUAGAGAAAAAUCCUGAUUUUCAUGAAGUCAGGCAAGAAGAAAUAAAUUCAGCUCACAGAGAUGAGGGACUUAUAUCUGAACAAAGUGCUGUAAGUUGCAGUGGGAGUAGAGGCAAGAGAUUGCGGACAUUAUCAGAGGAAGACCAAAAUGUUGACUAUGGAACCUCACCUGUUACAGUACCAGAGAUCCACGACAAAGAUGAGGAGGAGGAGGAUGAAGAAAGUAGAAAAAAGGGUCUUAAAAGAAAGAGAGGUGGCAGACCCCAUAAACUGAAGGAACCAUCAGAUCCCAGUCACAUGACCAUGCAGCAUUUGAUCUACUUCAACCCCAAGACCAACCCUAUGAGUUCAAGUUUGACUGGGAGAAAAAGAAAAGCAGAUGACAAGAACAAAAGCAAAAACCUGAAAGGACAAGACUUAAAUAUUUCACAAAACAAAGAGUCAGAGGAUGGGGCAGCCUCUGGAAGAAACACUUCCUUAGAGAGCCAAGAGCCAGUUGUUGACGCAGAUGACACAGAUGGGGCAGCUGUUGCCCCACGCGUGAAGCUGGCUGCUGAUGGCACCAUUAUAUUGGAUGAAGAAAGCCUCUUGAUUCCCAAAUCGCCAGAAAAUACCUUAGAAAACAGUGAAAUCGUCUAUGAAGACGCUGACGCCGUCACUUUUAGUGGUUACUUAAAGCAUAGAAAAGUAGAAAGGUGGUCACUGGCAGAGACUCAAACGUUUUACAAAGCUCUCAGUCAAGUUGGAACUGAUUUCAGUCUCAUGACACCGAUAUUCCCAAACAGGACAAGAAGGGAGCUUAAGGCCAAAUUCAAGCGGGAAGAAAAACAGCACAGGACUCUGAUAGAAAAAGCACUCCGCGUCCGUAAUCCUAUUGAUAUAGAGCUGUUUGCUCCUAAAGUUGACGAAGACGAGAUAGACGACGUAUUGGCAGGUACUGAUCCACUCAGCUCAACACCCCGCAAUCAAGAGUUGUGAAGCGGCUAACGUUGCUCAUUCAUGUCUGUAAACCAACGUGAACGACUCAUUGAGCCUGCGAUUUUCGGUAGAGUUGUUGCUAAGAGACUUGAUGCCUGCUGAUCUAUUUCCGUGACAGACUGAAGAUCGUUCAAGUUUGAAUGCAGAUAAGACAGUGGAAAUAAACAUGGGUUGUAUUAUGUUUGAACAAUAGCUCGCUAUUUGGAGCUGGAAGGUGGAAUGAAAUACAGCUUCGUUUUUGGAGUUGUACUGAAAUAACUUUAAAAAAUUACUUAAGAAGGUAUACGAAAAUUCUCACAUUUUACUCGGGAAUUGGCUAAAGUUGCGGCAGGUUAUUGACGUACAUUUUCUCCUCCAUACAUUGAAUAAUUUUGUAAAGAUCUGAAUAAAGAAACGUAAUUUAGUAAACGUUCUCGAAACACUUUGUGACAAACA